AUGGCCUUGGGGACCAAGGAAAUAACGCACAGCGCGACAUCCACAUUCUCAUUUCAGGAAGUUCGCCACAAUAAGACUUCGAUUGGUAAUUCUCCUCCAACUACGCUGACGCUACAAAUACACAUAAGAAAAGAGGAAGUUCGCCACAAUAAGACUUCGAUUGGUAAUUCUCCUCCAACUACGCUGACGCUACAAAUACACAUAAGAAAAGAGGAAGUUCGCCACAAUAAGACUUCGAUUGGUAAUUCUCCUCCAACUACGCUGACGCUACAAAUACACAUAAGAAAAGAGGAAGUUCGCCACAAUAAGACUUCGAUUGGUAAUUCUCCUCCAACUACGCUGACGCUACAAAUACACAUAAGAAAAGAGGAAGUUCGCCACAAUAAGACUUCGAUUGGUAAUUCUCCUCCAACUACGCUGACGCUACAAAUACACAUAGGAAAAGAGGAAGUUCGCCACAAUAAGACUUCGAUUGGUAAUUCUCCUCCAACUACGCUGACGCUACAAAUACACAUAAGAAAAGAGGAAGUUCGCCACAAUAAGACUUCGAUUGGUAAUUCUCCUCCAACUACGCUGACGCUACAAAUACACAUAAGAAAAGAAGAAGUUCGCCACAAUAAGACUUCGAUUGGUAAUUCUCCUCCAACUACGCUGACGCUACAAAUACACAUAAGAAAAGAAGAAGUUCGCCACAAUAAGACUUCGAUUGGUAAUUCUCCUCCAACUACGCUGACGCUACAAAUACACAUAAGAAAAGAGGAAGUUCGCCACAAUAAGACUUCGAUUGGUAAUUCUCCUCCAACUACGCUGACGCUACAAAUACACAUAAGAAAAGAGGAAGUUCGCCACAAUAAGACUUCGAUUGGUAAUUCUCCUCCGACUACGCUUACCCUACAAAUACACAUGAGAAAAGAGGAAGUUCGCCACAAUAAGACUUCGAUUGGUAAUUCUCCUCCGACUACGCUUACCCUACAAAUACACAUGAGAAAAGAGCCUGCGUGCAUAAGUCAACGGAGCACGACAUGUCGUCCCAUUGUAAAAAGUAUGAAGAGGAAAGCCAGUGUGUGUGCGACCCUGUUUGCGGUAAACCACCACCAGACAUAGCGGAAUGCAAGAAACCGUGCCACCAUGGCUGUGCUUGCGAGACUGGAUAC